AUGUCGCGUGUGGUUGCAUUCGAGGAUGCGAUGAGUAUUGAUCAAUUGAAGAGAAACGUUAUCGGAGAAUUCUUUGCCGAUGGGGGCUCUGAGAUAGAUGUGGAAUUAAGCUACUGGCCACCCAACACUACAGAGCUUGCGACCGGCAUUACAACACCGCCUGUGAUUGUAACCAGCGGCGCUUCCAUCUCAUAUUUCUGCAAGCAUUUCCGCGUCAACCACUCAAUGAACUUGUUUGCCAACUUUAGCAAACGAGUCAUCUCUACAUCCUCGCCAGCUGGUCCCGUGUUUUCGGAUGGGUUUAAGACACCAAUGCCCACCACGAAAAGAGCUCGCUUCACGGACGACCUAUGUGGCGAGGGAAUGUUUGGGUCAUCUGUUGGGUCAAGAAAGGUUCCACCAGAGAUAGACGACGACCUAAUGGCCUCGCACAUGGAGAAAGUGGAAAACAUUAUGCGCAGCGGAAGUCACAGGAUGGAAGAUCUAUUCAACUUGAACACAUCGUCGGAGAAGAGUGUUCAAGAAUACUUGGACGAGAUAAACAGCGACAUCAGUGGUAUACAGUACGACUCAGAGGACCUGAACACCGACGACGAGGACAAUGGGCAAGAGUCAUGGGACAACUUUGAUGUCAGACCGCUUGGUAUCGACGAGGAGUUCUGGGAACCGCUUGUUGACGAAGUCCAUGGUGGCUCCGACGCCGCUGAUUUCAUGUGCCCGGAUGUAGAUCCACCGGUCAAUGCCGGUCCUACAGUUUACACAUGUUCAACAAACGAUGCUUUCGACCACACAGUAAUUGCGGGGGGAGACGGCAGCGUCUGGAAGAGUGAAGCCGCCAGCGGGGCUUCGUCUGCUUCUGGUGGUUCUCGCUCAGGAAGCUCGCCAGAUAGAUCUGAGCAAGCAAACACUCCACCUAACACAUUCAACCGUCCAACAAGCAAGCCAAACGUGUACAGCCACAACGGCGGAUUUGCUCAAAGCUCUGGAGGAACAAACACUAACGUUAAUGGACAGCAUGCUAUGGACAGUAGCUGUAGACAACAUACCCCAUGUACGGGUGACCGUGUACGGGCUAAGAGUACGCAUGGGCGUUCUCUCGGGGAGAUAGACGACGAGGAAUUUGAUAUUCCUCUGAUGUUCGACGACCUCCUAUAUGAGUCUGCCGACAUACCGGACCUCGACAUCGACGAGUUGGGUGGUGAAGUUUCUGUUGGGAAAGUGUUCUCCAAUAAGAAAGAUUGCCAAGUAGCUCUUGCAAUUUAUGCCACCAAAAACAUGUUCAAUUUCCGCCAUACCACGACUAAGGCUAACUACUUCGUUCUGAAUUGUACUGAUAGACGCUGCGACUGGAGAGUGUUAGCUAUUCAGGUAAAGAACUGUGGGUACUACGAGAUCAAGAAGGCGAAUUUCGAGCACUCAUGCUGCAUAGAGACUAAAAGUAUGUUUAAGAAGAGAGCUUCUUGCAAUGUUAUUGCAGCGGUAUUCAAGGCCAAAUAUGGGGAUCCUGUGAAAGGUCCACGUGCAGCCGAUUUGCAACAAUUAGUUCUCGAGGAGCUACGAGUGGCGGCCUCGUACAUGAAGUGUUAUAGGGCACGGGAAAAGGCAAUCACUUACGUUAGAGGAACCGAUGAUGAUUCAUAUUUGGGCCUGCCAGAGUACCUAUAUAUGCUUAAGCUCGCUAAUCCUGGGACGGUGACUGAUUUGAUCAUGGAGAAAGAUGCCUUUGGUGUUGAUCGAUUUCUGUACUUGCUUCUUGCAUUUGGGGCAUCGAUUAGAGGAUUUAGGCGCCUCAUGCACGUUAUUGUCGUUGAUGGAACCCAUCUUGGAGGUAAAUUUAUGGGGACUCUUUUAACUGCGAGUGGUCAGGACGCUAACUUCCAGGUGUUUCCGCUUCCCUAUGCUGUCGUCGACAGCGAGAACAUCGACUCGUGGACAUGGUUUUUCCAGAAGCUGGAGAGGAUUUUCGCUGAUAGCACCUCCUUGACCAUCAUCUCUGACAGGUGCCCUUCAAUAAAAGUGGCUAAGACAUGA